AUGGCUCUGGCCUCGAGGGUUGCCUCAGCCUCCCCUUUGGCCCUUGUCUCCUUGGGCCCAUUUUCCUUCAGAAGCCUGUCCCUCUCUCUGCAGGCAAAGGUGCCUGGGACCUGCCUGCUCACCGUUCGUGUCCUGCAGGCCCGUGGCCUGCCCUCCAAGGACUUAGUGACCCCCUCUGACUGCUAUGUGACUCUGUGGCUGCCCACGGCCUCCAGCUGCAGGCUGCAGACACGCACAGUUAGGAACAGCAGAAACCCCAUCUGGAAUCAGAGCUUUCGCUUCCGAAUCCACAGCCUGCUCAAGAAUAUCCUACAACUGCAAGUCUUUGACCAGGACCUUUUGACCAGUGAUGACCCCGUGUUGUCGGUGCUGUUUGAUGUAGGAACUUUGAGAGUUGGGGAGUUCCGCAGUGAGAGCUUCACCCUAAGCCCUCAGGGUGAGCAGCAGCUGGAAGUUGAAUUUCGGCUGCAGAAUCUAACAGACCGUGCUGAGCAGCUCUUCAGCAAUGGCAUCCUGGUGGCCCGGGAGCUUUCCUGCUUGCACGUUCGACUGGAGGAGGCAGGGGACCAGCAGGGCUCAGAAGGCAAAGUUCGCCUUGUGGUCCCUGGGUCCUGUGAGGGUCCUCAGGAAGCCACAGUGGGCGCUGGCUCCUUCCGCUUCCACUGCCCAGGCUGCUGGGAGCCGGAGCUGAGUGUUCAUUUGCAGGAUGCCUCCCAGGAGCAACUGAAGGUACCCCUCAGGGCUCUGCCCUCUGGUCAAGUGGUUAGGCUCGUCUUCCCUAUGUCCCAGGAGCCCCUGAUGAGGGUGGAGCUGAAAAAAGAAGAAGGACCGAGGGAGCUGGCCGUGCGGCUGGGCUGCGGGCCCUGUGCGGAGGAGCAGGCCUUCCUGAGCAGGAGGAAGCAGGUGGUGGCCAAGGCCCUGAAGCAGGCCUUGCAGCUGGAUGGAGACCUGCAGGACGACGAGAUCCCAGUGGUAGCAGUUAUGGCCACUGGUGGUGGGGUCCGUGCGAUGACUUCUCUGUAUGGACAGCUGGCUGGCCUGAGGGAGCUGGGCCUCUUGGAUUGCAUUACCUACAUCACAGGGGCCUCAGGGUCCACUUGGGCUUUGGCCAACCUCUAUGAAGACCCAGAGUGGUCUCAGAAGGACCUGGCAGGGCCCAUUGAGUUGCUGAAGACCCAGGUGACCAAGAGCAAGCUGGGCGCGCUGGCCCCCAGCCAGCUGCAGCGAUACCGGCAGGAGAUGGCUGAGCGUGCCCACCUGGGCCACCCAACCUGCUUCACUGACCUGUGGGCCCUCAUCAAUGAGGCACUGCUGCAUGAUGAGCCCAAUGACCACAAACUCUCAGACCAGCAGAAGGCUCUGAGUCAUGGCCAGAACCCUCUGCCCAUCUACUGUGCCCUCAACACCAAGGGCAAGAACAUGACCACCUUCGAAUUUGGGGAGUGGUGUGAGUUCUCUCCCUAUGAAGUUGGCUUUCCCAAGUAUGGUGCCUUCAUUCCCUCCGAGCUCUUUGGCUCUGAGUUCUUCAUGGGACGCCUGACAAAGCAACUUCCUGAGUCCCGCAUCUGCUUCCUGGAAGGUAUCUGGAGCAACUUGUAUGCAGCCAGCCUCCAGGACAGUUUAUACUGGGCCUCAGAGCCCAACCAGUUCUGGGACCGCUGGGCGCAGGAUCGGGCCAGCCUGGACAAGGAGCAGGUCCCCCUUUUGAAGAUAGAAGAAACUCCCACAACAGCUGGCAGGAUAGCUGAGUUUUUCACUGACCUUCUGACGUGGCGCCCACUAGCCCAGGCCACCCACAACUUCAUGCGUGGCCUCCAUUUCCACAAGGACUAUUUCCAGCAUCCUCACUUCUCCACCUGGAAAGCCACCAAACUGGAUGGGUCCCCCAACCAACUGACACCUGCUGAGUCCCACCUUUGUCUGCUGGAUGUCGGCUACCUUAUCAACACCAGCUGCCCGCCUCUCCUGCGGCCCACACGGGACGUGGACCUCAUCCUGUCGCUGGAUUACAACCUCCACGGAGCCUUUCAGCAAUUGCAGCUCCUGGGCCGGUUCUGCCAGGAGCAGAAGAUCCCAUUCCCACCCAUCUCACCGAGCCCUGAGGAGCAGCGCCAGCCUCAGGAGUGUCACCUGUUCUUGCACCCCGACUGCCCUGAAGCCCCUGCUGUGCUACACUUCCCCCUGGUCAAUGACUCCUUCCGGGAGCACUCGGCCCCUGGGGUCCCACGGACAGCUGAGGAGAAAGAGGCUGGGGAGGUGAACCUCUCUUCCUCCAGCUCUCCUUACCACUACUCGAAGGUGACCUACAGCCAGGAGGAUGUGGACAAGUUGCUCCACCUGACACAUUACAAUAUCUGCAACAACCGGGAGCAGCUGCUGGAGGCCCUGCGUGAGGCUGUGCUGCGGCGGAGGCAGCGCAGGCAGCUCCAGCCCCAGUGAUGGUGGCAGGAGCGGGUGGCACCCUGGCCUGGGGCUCCCGCCUGCCCACUGCCCCUGACUCUUUCAGACUCACUCCUUGCCUGGCUGAGUUAGGGCAGAGACCAUCAUUACCAGGUCUUCUGAGCCUCUGGAGCUAUGGAUGGUCCUUUUGGGGGCCCCAUCACAGUGUGUACUCAGCACCACCCCAAGUGUGGCACUGAAGCCACCAAGUCUGCCACAGACGCCUUUGGGUAGGUCGAGCAUUCUAAAUGAGCCUGGUCCCCGUGAUGUGGGCUAGAGAUGGCUACCUUUUGAGCAAGGAGAAGAUUCAGAGAUUCUGUGGCGGUUGGAGGUAGAGAUGGAGGAGCCCAGAGCAGCAUGAUCGUCUUUGUAUAAGGGCGCAAAGCCCCGUGACUUGUCUGUUUUCCCUUCCUUACUACCUUAAGUAAUUAUACAGAGUGAAAUAGAGCACUUUAUAUAUACCAGCAGCUCAUACAAAUGUGAGGCAUUAUCUGAGAUUGUCAUUGCUGCCAAGAAGGGACAUGUUAUUCCAGGCUCUUGGUUACACAAGGCAAGGACUGGGUUAGGAAACAGGAUGUCUCCCCCGGGACCCCAGAGCCAGUGAGUCAGCAUGGCUUUCCUCUGAAGCACCCACCAUCUGCCCCCUGCCAUGUCUGCCACCACUCAGGGCCACCCUUUCCAAUCAGGCCAGAGGCCGGUUUGGCCUAGGGGUCUCCACUGCUGCAGCCUGGUCAGGUGAACAAACUUACAGGCAAUGACCACACCCUUGACCCAGGCUAGAAUCUUGGAGUGUAGCCAGGGACUCGAUCAAAAGGCUGCUUCCAAUCCCACAGUAGGGGUGGCCAGACCUGGGACCAGAUGAGCCAAAGAAAGAGACCAGUGCCAAUGGCAUAGCUUCACCAAGCUGUGAACUUGGGGGUGUCCUGUCUCUUAAAAAGGAGCCAUCUAUUCUCGAAGUUGGUCCUGAGGGGCCUGGUAGCUGAGUCUUGUUCUGGUCCCUUAGAGAGUGUCUUCACUUUUAGCCCUGAGGUUUGCUGCCACCUCAGGGUUUGCUUCAGGGCCCAGACCUAUGGGGAGAACAAGGAGGCAGAGUGAAUUUAGGGCCUCAGAAACCUAGCCACCUCAGAAUCUUCUUCACGCACCAGUGCUACAGGCCUCUGGCCUCCCUGGGGACACCCCACCUCCUCCUAGCCUUUAGGUGGGAUGUAGAUACGGGGAGCCAGCAGGUAGCUGCAGGAGUGACCAUGGUGUGUGGGGUAGAUGAUAUUUUUUCAUGACCCAAUGACUCUCAGGCCUUGCCCUGGGCAUGACUGGAAUCACAGAGCAGAAGAAAUGGUUGCCCUGUAGCCUUAGAAGCCACUGUGUCCAGCACAAGGCCCAUUCACUCAGCGGUACAUCACCUGAAUCAUAAACUGGAAGCUGUAGGCCCUGCAGGAGUGUGAGUGGAUGAUUAUACCAGAGACCACAACCAUCAUGGCUGCCACCCAUUAAGAUGUGAGUGCUCCUCAGGCAUGAGGCUGUGUGUGUGUGUACAUCUGUAUUUCUGUGUGUGUCUGGUGGGUCUCUACAUGUCAGUAGCUCUGUGUGGGUUUGUCUCCAUGUGGGUCUCUGUAUGCGUCUGUGUGUGGGUCUUGGGGUCAUCUGUGGGAAUAUCUGGGUGACAUUCUGACUCCUGGUCUCUUUAGGAUAGUAAGUCCCCCGUUUCCCCUUGGAGCAGGGAACAGGUCCAUGGACUAGGGAGGGAAGAUGAAGGCAGAGAGCAGGGACAAGAUCAAAGGUGUAGAAGGGGUCUGGCUGUCCUGCAAACAAUGCUCCAUCUUGGAGAGAAAGAGGAGGACUAAGUGAGGGAUGUAUGGGUUCUAGGUGGACAGAGCCAGGCAAGCUCUCUA